CAGAGCGACGCGCUGGGAUUGGUGGAAAUCCCGCUUCCAUGGCGACAACACUCUCUGUAGCGGUCGCUGGUCGAGUGACGUUGGGGAAAUGCGGACGGAGAAGGACAGAGGCCGCCAUGCGAUCGCCCCGCACCGUCGCUGCUCUCCUCGCCCGCUACUCGCUCAGGACCAGCGGCUGCAGAGCCUGCGGGCCCGGAACACGAAGGAUUUCCUCAUCAGUUGAUCCUGAGGUUAAAGUUUGCGUAAUUGGCAGUGGACCUGCAGGUUUCUACACUGCACAGCAUCUGCUGAAGCACCACAAAUCAACUGUGAUUGAUAUCUAUGAAAAACUGCCAGUUCCAUUUGGCCUUGUGAGAUUUGGCGUUGCUCCUGACCAUCCAGAAGUGAAGAAUGUUAUGAAUGCAUUCACCCAGACAGCACACCGUGGACAUUGUUCAUUUUAUGGAAACGUUAAUGUUGGGAAAGAUAUAAGUAUUGAGGAGCUGAAGCAGGCAUACCACGUUCUGGUAUUGAGCUAUGGAGCUGAAACUAAUCAGACGCUAGGGAUUCCUGGGGAGAAUCUACUGGGUGUAUAUUCUGCAAGAACAUUCGUAGGCUGGUAUAAUGGUUUACCUGAAAACCGAGAUCUGAACCCUGAGUUGAGCAGUGAGACGGCAGUCAUCGUGGGACAUGGAAACGUGGCACUGGAUGUAGCUAGGAUUCUCCUUUCUCCCAUUGACAUGCUUAAGAAAACAGAUAUCACUGCACAUGCGCUGGAGGCUAUAGAAAAUAGUAAGGUGAAACGGGUGAUUAUUGUUGGGAGAAGAGGACCUCUCCAGGUGGCAUUUACCAUAAAGGAACUGCGUGAGAUGAUUAAUUUGCCAGGUACUCGGUCAUUGCUGGAUCCCAAUGAUUUUGAGGGGCUCAAACCAAUUGUUAAAGAUCUACCAAGACAGAGGAAGCGGCUGAUUGAACUCCUGAUUAAAGCUGGUCUUGAAAUUAAUUCUGGAAAAGAAGCUGAGUGCCGAGCAGCAGCCACUAAAGAAUGGAGCCUACGCUUUCUGCGAAGCCCCUUGGAGAUUGUUCCGAGUAAGGAUGGAAAACGUGUGGGUGGGAUUCGGCUUACAGUUACCAAGCUGGAGGGUUCAGUAGCAUCUGCAAAAGCCAUUCAGACAGAAGAUAUUGAAGAUCUGGAGUGUGGAUUAGUGCUGAGCAGCAUUGGCUACAAAAGCCAUUCCAUUGACCCCUCUGUUCCAUUUGAUCAACAACAAGGGGUUAUCCCAAAUAAAUUGGGACGAGUCCUACAUGCACCAGGUGUGUACUGCAGUGGCUGGGUAAAAAGAGGACCAGUAGGGGUCAUCGUAACCACGAUGAAUGAUAGUUUUGAAACAGCGGAAUCUGUGAUGGAGGAUGUGCAGUCAGGAAUACUGGAUGUAUCUGCUUCGAAAGGAGGGUUUAAAGCAAUUGAGGCUUUGCUUAAGCAAAGAGAUAUGACCUGACCUGCUGAGCAUGUACCGACCAUGGAACAACACAAUUCUUCCUUGCUGCUGCUUUACAGGCUAUCUUUGCUACUCUUCAUCCCACUCAGUUGUGGGAAUUAGUAGGCUUGUAAUGGAUUGUGAUUACUUGUAAACCAGGAUUCAACAAAUUCUCAAUCCUGCUGACUGUCCCUUGUAAGCAGAAGCAAAGUACUGCAGAUACUUGAAAGAAAAACAGAAAAGCUGGAAAUACUCAGCAGUCAGAGGAACAUUUAAUAUUUUGUGUAGAUUUUUUUUAAACUUUCUGGUGGUGCUAUUCUCCACAUUUAGAAUAUCUUGUUUCGUUUAGUGGUGAAACUUAUAUAA